AUGAUUUUUGCUUUGUCCUAUAUUGUUGAAACUUUUAAAAAUUUUAUUGUUUUGUUUACAUAUUCAAACCCUUGUGAUUGUUUAACUCAAGUUUGGUUAGUUUAUUUGAUAAGAAUUCCAGGUUAUCUCUACAUUCUUGGACUAACAAUGUUUCACCUUUUUAUCAUGAUUGAACGUGUUUUGGCUACAGUUUUUGUUAAAAUCUAUGAAAAUCAAGGAAAUAGGAUUGCCGUUUUAUGCACAAUUUUUGUGUGGUUAUUAACCUCAAUAUUUGUUUUAUAUGUCUACAUAAGCUCUUCUAUGGAUGUUGAUACUUUUAGUCAUCCAAUGGUAUACAUAACACUUACAUCAAUUUAUAACUCACAAGUUCUUUCAAACAUUAACUACUUUUUCUUGUCUUUGGCUAUAUUUAUUGCAGUUGGUGAUUAUUUUGUUAUUCAUCGAAACAGAAAAAUUAAAGCAAAUUUUUUCAGUUCUGUAUCCUCGUACAGUUUAAGCAAAAGUUACCAAUCUAAACAAAACAUUCUCUUUAUGCGUGUAAUCUUCCCUCUUGACUUUUCUUAUUCUUUCGUCUUUGCAUUAUUUAAUAUCCUCUCAACAUUUAUUCGAUAUAAACGUGAAGAGUACGGACAACUAACAUUUCUGCGAACAUAUGAAUUCCUAAUUUUGGUAAACAAUGUUAAAUUCUACCCUUUAUAG